AGAUACAAUGUCCAUGUAUAAUUUUGUUACUAUUACAAGAGCAAGUCGUGAUGUAAUUCAUAAUGAAGCUAGCGGGUCUCGUGCUUUUAAACAACCUGGGAUUGAGGUCAAUUUAGAUGAUUUGCCCACAGACCCUGGAUUACGUCCAAAAAUUUGUAGUUAUCAUCCAAAUGAUCAAGAUAAAGUGAGAAGGUUUUAUUUACAAAAAGGGCCUUGUCAGCCGCGCACUCAUAAGUUUCCUCAACGAAUAAUUGGUACUAAGUCCAGAAGAUUUUGCCCGUCUUGGUUUAAUGAAUUUGAAAGUUGGUUAGAAUAUAGCAUAGAUAAGGAUGAUGCAUAUUGUUUGUAUUGUUAUCUAUUCAGAGCUGACUUUGGAAAACAGUCCGGUGGAGAUGCAUUUGUUACCACAGGAUUUUCUAAUUGGAGUGUUAAAGGUAGACUUCAGAAUCAUGUUGGAGGGCCAAACAGUGCACAUGAUAUUGCUUAUAGAAGGGGUGAAGAUUUGAUGAAACAAACCCAACAUAUUGAUGUUGCCAUUCUCAAACAAUCCGAUCAAGUUCGUGAAGUAUAUCGGCGUCGAUUAUCUGCUUCACUUACUUGCAUUCGCUUCCUUCUGAAACAAGGGUUACCUUUUCGUGGCCAUGAUGAAUCUGAUGCAUCUUCUAAUCAAGGUAACUUUCUUGAACUUCUAAAGGUUCUUGCGGCUUGUAAUGAAGAUAUAAAAAAAUGUGUUUUACAAAACGCUCCCGAUAAUCAUCGCUUAACUGCCCCUAAGAUUCAAAAAGACAUUGUUCAUGCUGCUGCUACAGAGACCAUCAAAGCAAUUAUAAAUGACCUUGGCAAUGAAUAUUUUUCUAUUAUUGUUGAUGAGUCUCGAGAUGUAUCCAUCAAGGAAGAAAUGGCCAUUGAUUUACGUUAUGUUGACAAAAAUGGAAGCAUUGUUGAGCAUUUUAUAGGGGUUGUUCAUGUUAAGGAUACAAGUGCUUUGACUUUGAAGAAGGGGAUUGAUCUAGUAUUUAGUAAGUAUGGAUUAAGUGCAUCAAGGAUACGAGGCCAAGGUUAUGAUGGAGCUAGCAAUAUGCAAGGUGAAUUUAAUGGGCUUAAGAGUUUAAUUUUGAAAGAAAAUCCAUCUGCUUUCUGUAUUCAUUGCUUUGCUCAUCAGUUGCAACUGACUCUUGUUUAUGUUGCAAAAACACAUGAUCAUGUUGCUUUGUUUUUUGGUUUAAUUUCUACACUUAUCAAUAUUGUUGGGGGGUCGUGCAAGCGAUACGACUUGCUUCGUGAAACACAUGCAGCUAGAGUUAAAGAAGGAAUUGAAAAAGGUGAAAUUCAGACUGGGCGAGGCAUGAAUCAAGGAAUUGGUUUGAAACGAAGUGGUGAAACUCGCUGGGGUUCACACUAUGGCAGCUUGAUUAGUUUAGUUCAAAUGUAUUCCUCGAUGAUUGAUGUUCUUGAAGUUAUCAAAGAAGAUGGGGUGACUUCAGAUCAAAAGGGUGAGGCUAUGCGACAUUUAGACUCUAUACAAACUUUUGAUUUUGCAUUCUUUUUGCAUUUGAUGAAGACCGUCUUGGGAAUUACAAAUGAACUAUCUCAAGCAUUGCAAAGAAAGGAUCAAGAUAUCCUUAAUGCGAUGCAGUUGGUAUCUAUUGCGAAGGGGCGCUUGCAAGAUAUGAGGGAUAAUGGAUGGGAUCCAUUAUUGGAGGAAGUGUCUGCAUUUUGUAGAGUUCAUGAUCUCGACAUUCCUAAUAUGGAAGAUAAAUUUAUACCAAAAGGCAGGUCACGGCGCAAAGCUAAGGAUAUAAAAUAUUGGGAGCAUUAUCAGUAUGACUUAUUUUAUACAAUUGUGGAUAUGCAGCUUCAAGAACUUAAUUAUCGUUUUAGUGAGUCCAACACUAAGCUGCUUCUUUGUUUGAGCAGCUUGAGUCCAGACAAGUCCUUUGAAGCAUUUGACAAGCUCAAGUUGAUUGAGUUUGCUACAUUUUAUCCAAGUGAUUUCUCAAAUUUGGAGCUGGUAGUUCUUGAAAAUCAGUUGGAGACUUAUAUUAUUGAUAUGCAUAGUAAUGAUGAAUUUUCAGACUUGAAAGGAAUUGCUUGCCUUGCGGAGAUGUUGGUGAAGACGGGAAAACAUCGUGUUUAUCAGUUAGUUUAUUUACUUCUAAAGUUGGCAUUGACAUUACCUGUUGCUACCGCCAAGGUUGAAAGAGCCUUUUCAGCUAUGAAAAUUGUGAAGACCGAGUUGCGAAAUCGGAUGGGAGAUGAGUGGAUGAAUGACUGUUUAGUUCCUUAUAUAGAAAGUGAUGUGUUUGAUAGCAUUGAUGAUGAGUUAAUUAUUCAGCACUUUCAAAAUAUGCAAGCACGCCGAGGACAACUAUAAAAGGUACUAGCAUGGACCCAAACGCCCUCUUUGCCCUCUUUGCAUCUGAUCUACCGGAGGCUCGCCAGGCACUUCGGCAUUCCCCUUGAACAAUUUGAUCCGGCGGUGUACGGUCUCCCCCUACAGCCGGAUGUGAGAUUUCCCCUUCCUCCGGGCGAGGAGAGAUCGGUAAUUGAGGAUAGCAUGAUGAUGGGGGGGUCUGAGGAUGAAGAAGAGGCCGGAGGGGAUGUCUCCUCGAAGCCUGCCGAGGGGGGUGCUGCUGGAGCUGAUGAUAAUCCUGUUGUUGUAUAAUUCCGAACAUAUCUUUUGUAAUGAAUAUGUACAAUAUUUCGGCUUCGGCCUUUAUGUAUAACAAUCUGCCUUUUAUUUUUGUGAAUUGAUGAAUGGAUUCCUUCGGGCCUUUUGUAUAUAAUUUGUUUUUCC